AUGCGUCCGAAAACCGACACCAGCUGGCUAGACGUGGGUGUGGGUGAGAAUGGAAGCUAUGUCAUCCGGGAUUACGGACGACUAGACGAAGUGGUCUCCGAGUUGACUCAACCCCGCCAACAGUAUCCUUUCUUAUCGGUAUUCCUAGGUGGGAAGAACAAAGACAUUGCGCUCCAGGCAAUUUUCCCCCAAAACAAUAUCAGAAGGACCCAGCCUAGCUCGCGAAUUGGUUUGCGGUACGAUAUAACAUCCUCCAACAGUGAGAGUCCGAUUUUAUUCGCCGAUGGCAACGUUACUCCCACCAAGGGUGUCUUAGGCGCUAUGCCAGGGGUACAUGAUUACCCGAUCACAUGGCCCAUCAGCUCCACCGAUAAUGCAUCGAGAUUGGUCUAUGCACGGUUAAUUUUUCUUUUUGCUGAUCUCGUGUGCCUUUUCGCCGACGAUUUCCCAGACCUUAUGUCAGUAGCUCAUUUCUUGGUAGACUGCGUUUCCAUGCGAUCUGCAUCGCCGAUGCCUGUUGCGGUCCGACCACGGGUGCUUGUGGUUCUAAUGGGCAACCCAGACCGCAGCGAACGCAACGGCCCACUUCAACAAUUCUAUAAGCAACUUUACGAGGCCGACUCCACCCACCUCUCUGAGUGCUUUUCCCAUAUCAAUGUUGUAUACCUUGACCCCAUCCAGUCCGAUUCCUUAAGGGGCGGGAUUGAGCGAUCAUGUUGCGCACUUUCUCGAAGUGGGUCAUCGGGAAGAAUGCAAAUUCGAGAUCCUACUCUCUUCCCUAGUGUCUGCGCUAAUAUUAGACCACUGUCUACCCGGAAUGAUGUGUAUGUCUUCCACCCACUCCUUUCCUUUGUUCUCUCGGGUUUCUCUCUCUUCAUCCGAUUGGCUUGA